AUGGGUGAAAAAGAUGCAGUUAUAUCUGUUCAAGUUGAUUCGAAUUCCUUUAUUCACUCUGUUGUCAUUCUUGACAAGGACCUGAAAGAAAUAGGUGCAGUUUCCAAGGUUAUGCGUACAGCAGAAAUCCAACUGUGUAUGUUUCAUGUUUUGCAAGCAUUUUAUAGAUUUUUAAAUAAACAAGGUUUAGCUAGUAUAGAAAAAGAUAAUCUAAAAAAAAUAUUUAAAUCGCUUGUGUAUGCAAAAUCAAAGAAAUUGUUUGAUAUAAAUUUGGGUCAUCUUGCAACAGUUGCACCAAAAGUUGUAAUGGCAUACUACAAUAAAAAUUGGGGCUUGCCACACCAAGUUAAGUAUUGGGCAUACAAUGAAACUAUCAAGUAUGUCAAUCUUGGUAAUACAACAAAAAACAGAUCCGAGUCCCAUAACCAAAAAAUUAAAAACAUAUUGUCUAGGAAAAUGUCCUUAGCAAAGGCAGUAAAAGGUAUCUUUUUGUUACAUACUUGUAAAUUUGAACAAAUGGCUCAUAUUGAGUUUGAAGAAAAAAUUGAUUCCUUAAAUUUAAUUUAUAAAUUGUGGUUAGCUUAG